UGAAAGCUUCAGCCUCAGCUGCACGUCGUCGCUCUCGGAGGAAGACAACGUUUGCUGCGGAGAAAUCUGCGGAAUGUGGUGCUUGAAAUAAAUGGUCGUCACUGAAUGUCAGGAUACAUGGAGACAACACAAGCCUGCGCCUGUGACAAACUUGUGCAAGGGAAACCCUUGGGAGGUCCCCGGAGAAGAUGGCCUUCUGGAGGAGAAAUACUUAUGUUGAGAAGGAACGCCGUGUGAAAGCCAAUGCACGGGACUACAAUGACAAGUUCUCUUAUGCUGACAAUCACAUCAAAACCUCAAAGUACAACAUCUUCACCUUCCUGCCCAUUAAUUUGUUUGAACAGUUCCAGAGGGUUGCGAAUGCUUACUUCUUAGUGCUGUUGAUACUGCAGUUAAUUCCAGAAAUAUCCUCUCUGUCCUGGUUCACAACCAUCGUGCCUUUGGUGAUGGUGCUGGUAAUCACCGCUGUGAAGGACGCCACAGAUGAUUACUUCCGUCAUAAGAGUGACCAGCAAGUCAACAACCGUCAGUCUCAGGUUCUCAUCAGGGGAAGUUUGCAGAAUGAGAAAUGGAUGAACGUUCGUGUGGGAGAUAUCAUCAAACUAGAGAAUAAUCAGUUUGUUGCUGCAGACAUUCUUCUUCUCUGCAGUAGUGAGCCCUGUGGACUGUGCUAUGUCGAGACUGCAGAGUUAGAUGGAGAGACAAACCUGAAAGUCCGUCAGGCUUUGAAAGUCACCUCAGAUUUGGGAGAUAUUACAAAACUGAUAGACUUUGACGGAGAAGUCAUCUGUGAGCCACCAAACAACAAGCUGGAUAAAUUUAUAGGAACGUUAUUCUGGAGAGACAAUAAAUACCCUCUGGAUAAUGAGAAAAUGUUGCUACGAGGUUGUGUGCUCAGAAACACUGAGUGGUGCUUUGGAAUGGUCAUCUUCGCUGGAUUACAAACGAAAUUGAUGCAGAACUGCGGAAGGACGAAAUUUAAAAGGACGAGUAUUGACAAACUGAUGAACACUCUGGUUUUGUGGAUCUUUGCCUUCCUCAUUUGUAUGGGAGUUAUUUUGGCCAUUGGAAACACUAUUUGGGAGAGUUUCGUUGGCAGAAACUUCCAGGUUUUUUUGCCUUGGGAUAAGUUUCAGAGCAGUGCUGUUUUCUCUGGCUUCCUCACCUUCUGGUCCUACAUCAUCAUCCUCAACACUGUUGUGCCCAUCUCACUGUAUGUCAGUGUGGAGGUUCUGCGGCUCGGCCACAGCUACUUCAUUAACUGGGACCAGAAGAUGUACUACAGUCAGACGGACACCGCAGCUGAAGCUCGUACAACCACCCUGAAUGAGGAGCUGGGCCAAGUGGAGUUCAUCUUCUCUGACAAGACCGGAACCCUCACCCAGAACAUCAUGGUCUUCAGCAAGUGCUCCAUCAACGGACAGACAUAUGGUGAUGUCUAUGAUGACUUUGACCAGAAGGUGGAAAUUACAGAGAAAACAGCCUGCGUGGACUUUUCCUUCAACCCUCUCUGUGACACAAAGUUUAAGUUUUAUGACGGCAGCCUGGUUGAAGCCAUUAAACUGGAGGAUUCUGCAGUGCAGGAGUUCUUCAGACUGCUGGCUUUAUGCCACACUGUCAUGCCAGAGGAGAAGAGUGAAGGAAAUUUGGUGUACCAGGCCCAGUCACCUGACGAGGGAGCCCUGGUCACCGCAGCGAGAAACUUUGGGUUUGUCUUCCGGGCCCGAACCCCAGAGACCAUCACGUUGUGUGAAAUGGGACGAGCCGUCACCUACCAGCUGCUGGCCAUACUGGACUUCAACAACGUGCGCAAGAGAAUGAGUGUCAUUGUGAGAAAUCCACAAGGCCAGAUUAAACUGUACUGCAAAGGAGCUGACACUAUUAUCUUUGACCGCCUAGACCCCUCCAGUCAAGAUCUCAUGUGCGCUACCUCAGAACAUCUCAGUGAAUUUGCUGGAGACGGACUUCGGACAUUAGCUCUGGCCUACAAAAAUCUCGACGAAGAUUAUUUUGAUGUUUGGAUGAAGAAGCUCCUGUUUGCCAGCACUGUAAUUGAGAACCGCGAGGAACAGCUGGCGGUCCUGUACGAGGAGAUCGAGCGGGACUUGAAGCUUCUAGGAGCCACAGCAAUCGAGGACAAACUUCAGGAAGGAGUCCCUGAAACAAUUGCCCUUCUAAAUCUAUCAGACAUCAAGAUCUGGGUCCUCACAGGAGACAAACUAGAGACAGCAAUGAACAUUGGCUACUCCUGCAACAUGCUGCGAGACGACAUGAAUGAGGUGUUCGUUAUCUCCGGCCACACACUGCUGGAGGUGCAACAGCAGCUCAGGAAUGCUAAAGAGCACAUCCUUGGUCUGAGUCGAGUUAGCAGUUCAGGAGAUGUUGAGAAGACAGACAUGUUUGCAGAUGACUCUGUGUUUGAAGAAGCCAUUAUUGCAGAAUAUGCCUUAGUCAUCAAUGGACACAGUCUGGCUCACGCUCUGGAGCCACAGCUGGAACAUGUGUUGUUGGAUUUGGCCUGCUUGUGUAAAACAGUCAUCUGCUGCCGGGUCACUCCGAUGCAGAAAGCUCAGGCGGUGGAGCUGGUGAAGAGGCACAAGAGGUCUGUCACCCUGGCCAUAGGAGAUGGAGCCAAUGAUGUCAGCAUGAUCAAGACCGCUCACAUCGGUGUUGGCAUCAGCGGUCAGGAGGGGAUGCAGGCUGUUCUGGCGUCAGACUACUCCUUCGCUCAGUUUCGUUACCUGCAGCGGCUCUUGCUGGUGCACGGGCGCUGGUCCUACUUCCGCAUGUGUAAUUUCCUGUGCUACUUCUUCUACAAGAACUUUGCCUUCACCCUGGUACACUUUUGGUAUGGUUUCUUCUGUGGUUUCUCAGCUCAGACUGUGUAUGACCAGUGGUUCAUUACCCUUUUCAAUAUAGUCUAUACGUCUUUGCCAGUCCUCGCAAUGGGACUUUUUGAUCAGGAUGUGAAUGACAGGAACAGCCUCCGUUACCCGAGUCUGUACAAACCGGGCCAACAAAACCUUCUCUUCAACAAACGACAGUUCUUCCUGUGCACACUUCAGGGGCUGGCCACAUCUUUCCUGCUCUUCUUUAUUCCUUAUGGAGCCUUCUCUGUCAUGGUGAGAGAGGAUGGCUCCCACUUUUCAGACCAACAAGCCUUUGCCGUCACCAUAGCAACAUCCUUGGUCAUUGUUGUCAGUGUUCAGAUUGGACUUGACACUCACUACUGGACAGCUGUCAAUUGCUUCUUCAUAUGGGGGAGCCUGUGUGUGUACUUUGCCAUUUUAUUUGCAAUGCAAAGUGAUGGCAUAUUUGGCAUCUUUUCAAGUAAUUUCCCAUUCAUUGGGACGGCUCGCAACUGUCUGUCAGAGAAGAGUGUGUGGUUGGUUAUUCUGCUCACCACGGUGGUGUGUGUCGUCCCUGGCUUAGCAUUCAGCUUUCUGAGAGUGGACCUCUUCCCGACUCUAACAGACAAGGUAUGUCAUCUGCAACAGUCCAGAAAGAAGCAAGGACCUCAGGAGCAGAGUCUGAGGCGAGUACGCAGGACGAGCUCCCGCCGCUCCGCCUAUGCCUUCUCCCACCAACAGGGCUAUGGAGAGCUGAUCACCUCAGGCAAAAACAUGAGGAUGAGCACAGUCUCUUCUGCUCACUCCCCUGGAAGAACAGCACAAAGCCCCACCUGGAUAGAAAACAUGUUAAAGAGAAAGAAUGAAGUUUCUUGCAUCUCUGACGAAAGCACCGGAGCACCAGAGGGCAGCACCAGAGAGACACAAACUCCAAAGCAGCAGCACACAGACUGAACUCCACCUCGGACUAAAAGGUACCAUAUACAGGAUACCAUACACAUGGAUCCCAAAGACCAAGCACAAAUUAUGAGUGUCCUUCAUUUGGGCGAGUUUAUGCUCAAAUUCCACAACACAGACGUACCUCAUUUUUUUAUUAGAGGGAAUCAUGUGAACUCUCUUGAAGCUGAAUGUUAAAGGCCAAUCAAAACAUGAUUAUCUGGAGGAACCAUUUCCAAAAAAAGCCAGCCUCUAUAAAACAGACAAUGGACAAUGUUUUAAUCUUGAUCAUGCAAAACAUUUGUUUAAUUUGUAAACUCUUGGCUUGACAACAGCAGGUAUAUUUUAUUAUGCAUGAGUUGCCAAAUUGAAAUAAAUCUUUAUGGUCCUGCGUCCAAACCAAUUUGAUCCUUUCAUGGUUGGUUCUUUUAUUCAAUAUUCUUUUCUGAUGAAUAAAGAAAGGUUGGGAAGUUUCAUUUGGAAAUUUGUCACAAACAACUGCGUUAUACAUAAAUGACAAAAGGUAAAGGUGGCUCCAUGCAUCUGUACAAAAAGUACCAGUAAAGGGUUUAUUAAUAGACUUCCAUCUGUAACGCCUAUGCACUGAAACUCUCUCAACCUACACCCAAAGUGCUAAAAUACAAGUGUUCCUGUAAAUACCUAAGUAAAGCUGCUAAAUAUGAUGAUAAACACAACUGAAUUAUUGAUUUGAAACUUUUAUUAUAUUUUACUGACUGUACAUUUUUGCCAGUAUAUAUCAAACUGAAACCUCGGAUAUAUGGGAUUUGUAAUGCUAAGUCAUUCUGAGAUCUGAUUUCUCUGUGCUGUGCCUUGUAUGGUUCCUGUUAAAGAUAAUAAACCUUUUUUUAUUUGAUAUUAAA